AUGUCUAUGCGCAACAUCCCCUGCACAGUGGCCGGCUGCCCACGUCGGUUCAAAAGUCAAGGCGGGCGUACUUAUCAUGUCCGAACUCAUCACGAGAACCACAACAUUGUUUCAACCCCACCCAUCCCUGCUUUCACCUCUAACGAACAAUCCGAACCUGAACCUCUCUUCCCGAAUGAGUCCCGACAUAGCCCAUCACCUCCUCCCCCUCCUCAACCUCAAUCUCCACGCCACACACUCCCCCAACCAUCCAGCGGGCUGAGGAUAUUCCAUCCACAUUUAACUGGUACCCCCUGUGAUGAGAAUGGGAAUCAACUCGAACCGGGAACUCCACCCCCACCUCGCUCAAACGUGGCCAAUGAUGACUGGUCUCCCUACGCAGAUGAAGUUCAAUUUCGUCUCGCUGACUUUGCCUUUCGGCGCGCAGAAUUAUCAGGCUCAAAUUGCAAUGAAUUACUCGACAUCUGGGCCUUAGACAAAAUGGAACAUGACGAAUUAGCGCCAUUUGCGUCUUACGAACACAUGUACGCCGUCAUCGACUCAACUAAGCACGGCGAUGUACCCUGGCAAUCAUUCAAGAUCUCGUGGGCGGGGGAGAUAACGCCGGACUCACCAAUGUGGCAGCGGGAAGAAUACGAGAUUUGUUAUCGCGAUCCCGAUGCCAUAAUUCGGGACAUGCUCGACAAUCCUGAUUUCAAUGGUCAUUUUGACUAUGCGCCGUAUGUAGAGCUCGACAAAUCUGGACAGCGUCGAUGGAACAAUUUCAUGUCAGGAAAUUUUUCUUGGCGACAUUGUAAUGAUAUUUAUGAAGCCGACGAAUCUACUGAGGGUGCAAUGUACUGCCCAGUCAUUGUGGGUAGCGACAAGACCACUGUUUCAGUUGCUACGGGGCAGGUUGAGUACUACCCUGUUUAUUUUUCGAUCGGCGGUGUCCACAAUACAGUUCGGCGCGCGCAUCGUCGUGCUGUCAGCCCUGGUGCAUUUCUCGCGAUUCCGAAAUCUGCUCGCAAGCAUGACAAUGACCCCGCGUUUCGCAAGUUCAAGAGACAGCUGUACCAUGCAUCCCUUGCAGCCAUUAUGAAGACUCUGCGCCCAGGAAUGACUACUCCGGUUGUUCGUCGUUGUCCGGAUGGUCACUUUCGGCGUGUUAUCUACGAUCUCGCAGCAUACAUAGCCGAUUAUCCUGAACAGGUUCUUCUUGCGGGGAUUGUUCAGGGUUGGUGUCCCAGAUGUACAGCUUUACCGAAUGAUUUGGAUGGCAUACGUGGUCGUCGGAAUCAGGCACUAACGGAGCUGUUGAUGGAUACGCUCACCUCCAAGGAACUCUGGGAUGAGUUUGGUAUUGAUGAUGAUGUGAUCCCUUUCACGUUUCACUUCCCUAGAGCUGACAUUCACGAGAUCCUCACUCCCGACCUCCUUCACCAAGUCAUUAAGGGAACCUUCAAAGACCAUCUCGUGACGUGGGUAGGUGAAUACUUGGAGCUUGAGCAUGGCGAGGCACGCGCGAGAGAAAUAAUGGAUGACAUUGAUCGACGGAUUGCAGCGGCACCCCCGUUUCCGGGCCUUCGUCGGUUUCCUCAUGGUCGUCGUUUCAAACAGUGGACAGGAGAUGACUCAAAGGCUUUGAUGAAGGUGUACCUUCCCGCAAUUGCGGGGCACGUCCCGACAGAGAUGGUACAAUGUAUCAGUGCAUUUCUUGAUGUUUGUUACAUCAUACGUCGCGCUGAUAUCACCGCCGACACACUGCAACAAUUUGAUGUGGCUCUCGCCAAGUUCCAUCAGCACCGUGAAAUUUUUCGAACAACCGGCGUCAGGCCUGACGGCUUUAACCUGCCACGUCAACAUGCCCUAUCUCACUAUCGCCACCUCAUCGAGGAAUUCGGUGCCCCAGGGGGUAUCUGCUCCUCUAUCACGGAAUCUCGCCAUAUCACUGCCGUCAAGAAGCCGUGGCGACGAUCCAAUCGAUUUGAGGCUCUUCGUCAGAUGCUUGUAACCAAUCAGCGCCUCGACAAACUCGCAGCCGCCCGCAUCGACUUUAUUAACCGGGGCAUGCUACCUCCCUCAUAUGGACCGCCUUCUGUGCCAAUCGAACCAGCUCCUAACAAUGACGAAGAGGGAGAUGAUGCAGAGCCCACUGAUGAGCCUUACGUUACGGGGAAUGUAGUACUUGCUCGCACACGCGCUCGGAAGUAUCCCCGCCACCUCCAGGGACUCGCUGACCAUGUUGGGCAGCCUCGUCUUCCAGAGCUCACUCGUCGCUUCCUUUUCGAUCAACUCAACCCCCAUGGAUUUGUUACUUCGAACCACAUCGCCCUACAUCAAUGCCCACAGAUCACCAGCCCAGUUUCCGUGUUCCACUCAGCCGUCGCCACCUUCUAUGCACCUAGUGAUGAGUCAGGCAUUCGUGGGAUGCGCCGUGAACGUAUCCGAUCAACGCCUUCGUGGAGGGGAAAGGUGCCACGUCGGGAUUGUGCACUCGUCGUUGAGGACGAGGACAAGCCAGGGAUGAAGGGGAUGAGUGUGGUGCGGGUGAGGCUCCUCUUUUCGUUCGAUUACGAGGGUGAAACAUACCCAUGUGCGUUGGUGGAGUGGUUCAAAACCCAUGGGAGAUCACCAGAUGUGGAGACAGGAAUGUGGAAGGUUCGCCGUGAGUACAAGAAUGGCGUCCAGGUUUCAUCUGUCAUCCACCUUGACACCAUCCUCCGCGGUGCUCACCUUCUCCCAGUGUUCGGAAAGGAGUUUCUUCCUGUUGAUUUUGAUCCUGCUGAUACACUAGAUGCAUUCCACGCUUACUACAUAAACAAGUAUGCAGAUCACCACUCCCAUGAAAUCAUCUUCUAG